CCAAUUAUCACUAUACUUUAUUUUGUCCCCAUUCAGCAGAAAACACAAAUCCUUCUCUCACUACCCUCACAAAAAUAAUCAUAGCUCCCUUUUCAAUUCUAAAUUCUCAAUCUUUUAUCAAAAUAACGUAACCCCAUCAAUUUCUUCUCUCAAAAAAAUAAACCCAGAAAAAAAAGUUGAUUUUUUUAAUUAUUUUUUUCAACAAAUUCUGGGUUUGAAUCGAUUUUUUGAACCAUGGCUUUGAUCCGAAGAAGAAAAGGGUCAGAACCAGAAAAGGGUCAAAGCGAAAAUUCAGAACCAAAAAUUCAGAAAAAAGAAGAUGAAGAUGAUGAUAAUGAUAAGAACAAAAAGAACAAGAAAAAGAACAAGGACGAGGUUGGUGUUUUUAAGAAGAGUACUAGGUGGUCUUGUGUUGACAGUUGUUGUUGGUUUGUUGGUUGCAUUUGUACUUUAUGGUGGUUUUUGUUGUUUAUGUACAAUGUAAUGCCAGCUUCAUUUCCUCAGUAUGUCACUGAGGCUAUUACUGGUCCUAUGCCUGAUCCACCUGGUUUGAAAUUGAAGAAGGAAGGGUUGAGUGUGAAGCAUCCGGUGGUUUUUGUUCCAGGGAUUGUUACCGGUGGACUUGAACUUUGGGAGGGGCAUCAGUGUGCUGAGGGGUUGUUUAGGAAGAGGUUGUGGGGUGGUACUUUUGGAGAAGUUUAUAAAAGACCUUCAUGCUGGGUGGAGCACAUGUCCCUCGACAAUGAAACAGGAAUGGAUCCACCUGGCAUUAGAGUCCGGCCUGUCUCUGGACUUGUAGCUGCUGACUACUUUGCCGCAGGAUACUUUGUUUGGGCGGUCCUAAUUGCUAACUUGGCACGCAUCGGUUAUGAAGAAAAAACUAUGUACAUGGCUGCAUAUGAUUGGAGAAUAUCAUUUCAGAACACUGAGGUGCGGGAUCAAACACUAAGUCGGAUAAAAAGCAACAUAGAACUCAUGGUUUCCACUAAUGGUGGAAAUAAGGCAGUUAUUAUUCCACAUUCGAUGGGGGUUUUGUAUUUUCUUCAUUUCAUGAAAUGGGUUGAAGCACCAGCUCCAAUGGGUGGUGGAGGAGGACCAGAUUGGUGUUCCAAAUAUAUUAAGGCAAUUGUAAACAUCGGUGGACCAUUUUUAGGUGUUCCGAAGGCUAUAGCAGGGCUUUUCUCAGCUGAAGCCCGAGAUAUUGCUGUUGCAAGGGCGAUUGCACCAGGGUUUUUAGAUAACGAUAUGUUCCGCAUUCAAACAUUGCAACAUGUUAUGAAGAUGACUCGCACUUGGGACUCGACAAUGUCAAUGAUACCAAAAGGAGGGGACACCAUAUGGGGCGACCUUGAUUGGUCACCAGAGGAAAGCUGCGGCCUUCACACGAGAAAGCAAAGCAGCAACAAUACUCAGUUGACAGAACAAAAGACAAAUAAAACAAAUGUUAACUAUGGAAGAAUGAUAUCGUUUGGCAAAGCUGUCGCAGAGGCAGAUUCGUCUAAGAUCGAUAUUGUUGACUUUCGGGGUGCAAUUAAGGGUCCCAAUGUUGCAAAUACCUCUUGUCGUGAUGUGUGGACUGAAUACCAUGAUAUGGGUGUCGAGGGAGUAAGAGCAGUUGCAGAACAUAAAGUUUACACAGCUGGCUCAAUCAUAGACCUGCUUCAGUUUGUUGCUCCAAAAAUGAUGGCGCGUGGUAGUGAUCAUUUCUCUUAUGGAGUAGCUGACAAUUUAGAUGAUCCUAAAUAUGAACACUACAAAUAUUGGUCAAACCCAUUGGAGACAAAGUUACCAAAUGCCCCUGAUAUGGAAAUCUUCUCUCUAUAUGGAGUUGGCCUACCGACCGAAAGAGCUUAUAUUUAUAAGUUAACUCCCUUUGCCGAGUGUUACAUUCCUUUUGAAAUUGAUCCUAAUGCCGAAGGUGGCGACAAAGUUAGUUGUCUGAAAGAUGGUGUCUACACUGUUGAUGGUGAUGAGACCGUUCCAGUUCUAAGUUCAGGCUACAUGUGUGCUAAAGGUUGGCGCGGUAAAACAAGAUUCAAUCCUUCAGGGAUCCGCACUUAUGUUCGAGAAUACGAUCAUUCUCCUCCAGCCAACCUGCUAGAAGGUAGAGGAACACAAAGCGGUGCUCAUGUUGAUAUAAUGGGAAACUUUGCGUUGAUUGAAGAUGUUAUGAGGGUUGCAGCAGGAGCCAAAGGAGAAGAAUUGGGAGGUGAUAAGGUGUAUUCUGAUAUCUUUAAAUGGUCUGAUAGAAUCAAGUUACCUCUGUGAGGGGUUGGAUUCCUCUCCCGUUACUGGAUGGUUCCGAAAGGAGAGAAAGACGCGACUAAUAAAUAUUAUUAUUAUUAUAUUUAUUGUGUCUGUUUCUUUCUUACCGGUACUAUCGAGAGGAUCCACACCCCUUUGCAAGUAAAGCAGAAUGCACUUCCACUCUUUCAUUUCUCUAAAGGAUCAGAUUGUGUCAUAUACAUUUUUUGAAGUAUAGUCUCACUGCUACAAAAGUUCCAUAAGAUGCACUCAGAGUUUCUGAGUCUGCUUAUCAAAUUCAGAUUCCAGUGAGUGGUGAAAUAGGAAGCAAGGACACUUCAAAACUUUAGCUUUGUUGUAUGGUAAUUUUUUGGUUCACAUAUUUUUGUCAGAUACUUCAUAGACACUUCUAGUUGUAAUUUAUAUAUUUUUUUGCUUUUUUAUUAUUUUUUGAUAAUUUGUUGCAAUAAACUGCAGUAUCGUAAUAAUUAGACAGUAGAUGUAUGAUAUGAUUUUAUUAAUGCCUCAUUCAAUCUUAUAAAA